CACAUUGCCACAAACACAAAACAAAAAUGUUGACAAACUUUGAAUCCAAGUCGGCACGAGUCAAAGGCUUGUCUUUUCACCCGAAGCGGCCAUGGAUUUUGGCUAGUUUGCAUAGUGGUGUAAUCCAGUUGUGGGAUUAUCGUAUGCAUACACUGUUGGAAAAGUUCGAUGAGCACGAUGGUCCUGUACGUAGUGUAGCUUUCCAUCAACAAAUGCCACUGUUCGUUUCCGGUGGUGACGAUUACAAGAUUAAGGUGUGGAACUACAAACAGAGACGUUGUAUAUUUACGCUGUUGGCUCAUUUGGAUUACGUGCGUACUGUAGCAUUCCAUCAUGAAUAUCCUUGGAUUUUGAGUGCUUCCGAUGAUCAGACUAUUCGCAUUUGGAAUUGGCAAUCGCGUAAUUGUAUUUGUGUAUUGACCGGACACAAUCACUAUGUGAUGUGUGCUCAAUUCCAUCCGACAGAAGAUCAAAUUGUUUCCGCUUCGUUGGAUCAAACGGUACGAGUAUGGGACAUUUCGGGUUUGAGAAAGAAGAAUGUGGCUCCAGGACCUGGUGGAUUGGAUGAACACCUUAAGGGUCAUCCAGGAGCUACAGAUCUAUUUGGCCAAGCUGAUGCUGUGGUAAAACAUGUGUUGGAAGGUCAUGAUCGUGGUGUAAAUUGGGCCAGCUUCCAUCCCACACUUCCUCUGAUUGUUUCGGGUGCUGAUGAUCGUUUGGUUAAAUUGUGGCGUAUGAAUGAAUACAAAGCCUGGGAGGUGGACACAUGUCGUGGUCAUUACAACAAUGUAUCUUGUGUGUUGUUCCAUCCACGUCAAGACCUUAUCAUAUCGAACGGUGAAGAUCGCAGUAUUCGUGUUUGGGAUAUGACCAAACGCCAGUGUUUGUAUACAUUUAGACGGGAUGGUGAACGUUUCUGGAUUCUAACUGCCCAUCCCACACUCAAUCUUUUUGCUGCCGGCCAUGACGGAGGCAUGGUUGUCUUCAAGUUGGAACGUGAACGUCCCGCCUAUGCUGUACAUGGCAACAUCUUGUACUAUGUAAAGGAUCGUUUCUUGCGUAAACUUGACUUUACCACAACCAAGGAUACCGUGGUAAUGCAAUUGCGUGGUGGCGGCAAAUCCCCUGUCCACAGUAUGUCCUACAAUCCGGCAUUGAAUGCUGUUCUAUUGUGCACACGCACCAACAAUUUGGAGAACAGCACUUAUGACUUGUGCCAGAUACCCAAAGAUGCUGAAUCUCAAAGUGAAAACGACAGCAAACGUUCUUCGGGUAUCACCGCCAUCUGGGUAGCCCGUAACAGAUUUGCUGUCCUUGAUCGUAACCAACAACUUGUCAUUAAGAACUUUAAGAAUGAAGUUACAAAGAAGAUUCCAACAUUCUGUGAAGAGAUCUUUUAUGCCGGUACUGGUAUGCUGCUUAUUCGUGAUCCUGAAUAUGUUACCUUGUACGAAGUGCAGAGACUCGUUUCGGUGGGUUGCAUUAAGCUACCCAAGUGUCGUUAUGUUGUGUGGUCUCCCGAUAUGUCUUUGGUGGCUUUGCUGUGCAAACACUCGGUCACUAUUUGCGAUAGACGUUUGCAGUAUCUGUGCACCAUUCAGGAGAAUUGCCGUGUUAAGUCUGGAGCCUGGGAUGAUUCUGGCGUCUUCAUUUAUACCACUAGCAAUCAUAUUAAGUAUGCCAUUACCAAUGGUGAUCACGGCAUCAUUAGAACUUUAGAUCUACCCAUUUACUUGACACGUGUCAAGGGUAACCAGGUCUUCUGUUUGGAUCGUGAAUGCCGCACUCGGGUACUCCACAUCGAUCCUACUGAAUAUAAAUUUAAACUUGCCCUCAUCAAUCGCAAAUAUGAUGAAGUUUUGCAUAUGGUACGAAAUGCCCGUUUGGUUGGUCAAAGCAUUAUUGCCUACUUGCAACAGAAGGGCUACCCAGAGGUGGCUCUACACUUUGUCAAAGACGAAAAGACACGAUUCGGCUUGGCUUUGGAAUGCGGCAACAUUGAAAUUGCUCUGGAAGCUGCUAAGGCUCUGGAUGACAAGGACUGUUGGGAACGUUUGGGCCAAGCUGCCCUUUUGCAAGGCAACCACCAAAUUGUGGAAAUGUGUUAUCAACGCACCAAGAAUUUCGACAAACUCAGCUUCCUGUAUCUGAUCACCGGCAACUUGGAAAAACUAAAGAAGAUGAAUAAAAUCGCUGAAAUUCGCAAGGACGUCUCGGCUCAGUAUCAGGGUGCCUUGGUGUUGGGUGAUGUCAAGGAACGUGUCAAUAUUUUGAAGAAUUGUGGUCAAAUGUCAUUGGCUUAUUUGACCGCAGCUACCCACGGUUUGGAUGAACAAGCAUCCAAUUUGGCUGAAUCCAUUACCCAGGAGGGCAAUCCUCUGCCUGAAGUAAAUCCCAAUGCUACUCUCCUAAGACCACCUGUACCCAUUCAACAGGUGGAAACCAAUUGGCCGUUGUUAAGUGUAUCCAAGGGCUUCUUCGAGGGUGCCAUGUUGACACGUGCCAACACAAGUGCUACAGCUAGACAAGCUUUGAACGUCAAUGCGGAUGCUGCCCUCGAUGUUGGAGCUGGCGAUGGCUGGGGAGCUGAUGCUGAUUUGGGGCUGGAUGAAGAUGGUGAUGAGGAAAUGCAUGAUGCCAUUGGUGAUGAGGGUCUUGAGGGUGGUGCCGACGAAGGUGCUGGAUGGGAUGUUGGCGAUGACGAUUUGGUUGUUCCCGAAGAACUUGCAUCUAAAAUUAAGGCAUCUGCCUUGGAUAGUGGUUACUAUGCUGCACCCAACAGAGGUCUAUCGGCUCCGCAACACUGGGCCAAUAAUUCACCAUUGGUUUUGGAUCACAUAAAGUCUGGCUCAUUUGAAUCUGCCUUCCGUCUGCUAAACGAACAGCUGGGUAUUGUCAAUUUCCAACCAUUCAAGCCCUUGUUCAUGCAGAAUUAUGCCUGUGCAUCGACUAGUUUUACCGGCAUGCCCAACUUAGCAUCUUUAUGCGCUUAUCCACUACGCAAUACCAAUGAAAGCAAUGUAAAACAACAGCGUCCCGCUUUGGGCAUAAAGUUGAACGAUUUGGUACAGCGUUUACAGGCUGGCUAUCAAUUGACAACAGGUGGCAAAUUCUCGGAAGCUGUGGAGAAAUUCCAUUCAAUUUUAAUUAGCAUUCCCCUAUUGGUUGUCGACACCAAACAAGAUAUCGCUGAGGCUCAACAACUACUAAAAAUCUGUACCGAAUACAUUCUUGGUUUGAAAAUGGAAACUGCCCGCAAAGGCUUGCCUAAAUCUACAUUGGAAGAACAAAAACGUCUCUGUGAAAUGGCUGCAUACUUUACUCACUGCAAACUCCAGCCUGUCCAUCAAAUUCUUACCCUGCGUACUGCUCUUAAUAUGUUCUUUAAAUUAAAGAACUAUAAGACAGCAGCAUCUUUUGCACGCCGUCUAUUGGAAUUGGGACCUCGCCCUGAAGUCGCUCAACAAGUUCGUAAAAUUCUGCAAGCCUGCGAGGUCAAUCCCGUUGAUGAACAUCAAUUGCAAUACGAAGAAUUUAAUCCAUUUAAUAUUUGUGGCAUUAGCUAUAAGCCAUUGUAUCGUGGUAAACCUGAUACAAGUUGUCCAUUCUGUGGAGCAUAUUAUGACCCACAAUACAAGGGUAAAUUGUGUACCGUGUGUGAAGUGAGUGAAAUUGGCAAGGAUUGUAUUGGCCUGCGGAUAUCAAAUUUGCAAUUCCGUUAAAUU